AUGAAAUCUAUAGAGCAAAGUGGCGUACCAAAGUCUGUUAUUGCACUUGGUUCUUCCUCUGCUCAUCCAUUGCUAGUGGCUAGUGAUGAUCUUCCGGAAACUGCCCCGGCCACCGGCGGACAGAAGCGUAGAAAUUUCUUGCCCACUCAUGCUGACGAGGAAGAGAGGCUCCCCCUCAAGCGCAAACUUGAUUUUUCUGAAAAAUAUGAUUUUUCUGAACCAAUAACCUUGGACGGUCCGUCAUUAGAUGUUGAACUCAGUAGCCUUGUUAAUGAUGAAGAUUUUGGCCAUGUUCUCACAGGAGAAAAGGACCAUGGCCUUGGUGACCUUUUCGAUUUAUCCUUCAAGGAUUAUACCAUUGGCGAGUGUGGCACAAGUCGUCUACCUUCCAGCCCGGGUGUGUCUGAAGCUGUGCCCCAUACCCCUAGUGCUCUUGAUUUCUUGUCAACUUUACCUGGUUGUGACCAAGAAAUUCGCCACUCACAAGACCCUGAGGUGAUGGUUGUAUCAGGGAAAGGCGCACAGAUUGACUGCAGUUUCAUCAAGGACAUGUUUGUGGAUGCUACGGAUUUCGUAGUGAAAUGAGCCCUCGAAGGACUGAACGACUCUACCUUUGGUGAUCCCGAGCGACGCAUGAUGCUUGAGAGUGUUUCUCAAAUGCUGCCCACGCAAGUGCCUGAGGUAGCUAAGGUGCAGGCCAUUUUGGUCGGGCUUAUUGACCUUUCCAAGAAGUUGGAGGGUGGCCAGACCAAAUUCACGAGGGAAUCCGAGCGAGAUGAACAUGUUCUUGCUGAAGUAGAACUUAAGAUUAAGUCUGGACAUGAGGUUUCCAAGGCCAUAAUUGAGGACUUAUCUGCCGUAGAAAAGAAGUGCACUGAAAUAGAGGCACGGGAAGCAGAGCUGAAGGCCCAGCUUGAAGAGGUUACUGCUAUUUUGGACAGGCUUAAAUUGGAAAUGGAACAGCGCCGACAAGCACAUGAUGCUCAUCAAUCUGAACAGAAGAAGUUGGUGAAGAGUCUACAAGAUACCAAUGCUGGCAAAUGUACAAGGCUUGCUGAAUUUAAACAAAAGACAGCAGAUUUAAAGACUGAAGCAAGUCAGUUGUUGAACAGCCUGCAGAACUGGCGAGCUCCUUGAGAAGGCCUAGACUUCGCUUAGUUUUUUUAUUUAUCCAUUUCAAUUCAUCGUUUCCCUUUGAAUCAUUUUAUGUUCAGUACUCAGUUUCACUUCAAAUGUAGCAGUACUUUGUUUAUUCACGUGGGAACUCCAAAUUUUAUGCAUGAUGUGCUAGUA